GCCCUCGCCUCCUCUUCCCUGCCGUAGACUGGCUCUCGCCGCUUUGCAACCAAGAACAAGGGGCGAGAUCAAGUCUUUGUCGUACCGUCCCUAGGCGCUUGAUCUGCGCGUUCCUCUUCUAACCAUCCACCCCUUUGUACUUUCGCGUGUCCUCUGAUGGCACGUUGGCCAGACAAAAAAAUCAGCUCCUCGCUCACCGGCAUGGAAGUCAAGACCAUCACUGCCACUGUUGCGGCCAUGCGGCAAGCACCUGCAAAAGAGCAAGCGCCACCGUCGUUCUUGAAAGAAGCCCGUUGGCCCGACUCUCCUUUCGGCGCUUGUGCACAAGGAGUCGUCGACCAUGAUUCUCCUUCGUCUUCGUCUUCACCUCCACAUUCACAUUCUCUCGCUUCAUCGACUCGGCCACCGCCACCGGUAGUGACUGCCGAGUUUGCUGCAGCGCCAGCGCAUGUCCGACGUCUGUCGAACGGCGCCGGCUUAAGGCGCGGGAUCGCGCACCUCCGUAUCGGAACCUUGCUCAAUCCGGAUGGCUCUGUAUCUACGUCUCAAGAUCCCGGACCGAGCUGCACCUCUGGUCCUGAACCUCUUACCAUCACACAGACGCACUCAGCGACGAAUGCCAAGGCGCGGGGGCACACCCCGGCGUGUGGCGUCAAGCGCAAGUGGAUCGCGUCUGCAUGUGCUGGGUCCGUGGCAACUGCAGGAGGCGCAGGCGCGGGUGCGCCGGACUCUGAGAUGGUGAUUGACGUGGAUGCGGAAAUCAACGCAGCUGCGAGAGCACGGACGUGCCAGGAGACGGUGGACAGGCAGCAGGACAACAGUGCUACUUUGACCACUCUGCUCUCUCCACGUCUGCACAGCGCGAGGCGGUUAUCCGCUACAUCGACUGCAUCAGAGUCCACAGCUGACGAUGGCAGUAGCAGUCGUGCAUCGCCCGCCCCGUCAGCCUUCUCGGAUGCCACGACACUGACAAGCGGCACGGCCGCUGGAUGGCAGCACUUUGCCUACCAGUAUCCACAGCAGGCGCACAAGCCCCACAGUCUGAGUCAGAGUCAGAUGUCGCACGACGACAGCUGCAGCGAUGAAGAUUGGGGCUACGUGGACGUGGAGGAACACGCGAAGACCGCAAGUGGCUGCGGCCUACCCGGUGGCGCGUACAAGCGCGCGUGUCCUAGUUCUGUUUACGCUUCGUCUUCAGCUUCGGCCGCGACACCAGUGCCGAAGGAUCCGCCACUACAUACACUCGCCCGGCAAGAGCAGCAGCAGCAGACACCAGCAUGGUCUCCUGUUGUCCCCUCGUCGAUCGUGUCAUCGUCCUCACCGCGCUCACGCAGGCCGAUACGAAGCAUUAAAUCCGUCCCGAUCAAGUGCGAUGGAAAACAGGGGUCACAGGGUCACCCAUGGUACACCUCCGUUGGAAAGCAUGGUGCCGUCAUGCGCUGCUCGCUCGACGCUCGACUGGAUCUGGCGAGUCAGGCUGCGUCAACUGUCGGUCACAGUCGGGAUCCAAAUCAUGACUUGAAUUCAGCUCCCGCUCACCUUGCUCCUGCAUCUGCAGUUGCGUCAGGAAAGCUGUCACACGCGCCUUUCUUGCGCAUCGAGCACUUCAUGAUCCCCAACCCUUCCUUGAAGCCCAUCACUCCCCCUGCACCACUGCAUCAGCAACUGCCGAAAUCGAUGCCGCCGCCUGGGCAGCUGCAUGCGUCCUCGCUAAGCUCGAUUGGCGCCUCAACGGGGUCAGCAGGAGCAGGGAGUUGCUUUGCUGGCUUCUCGUCCAUUCCUGCACGUGGAUUCAUGAUGCUCGUGUACCUGAUGAGCGGCAGUCUCGAGUGCCAGGAUUCGCGAAUACCGUUUCCUGCGCCAUCGCCACCUUCCACUGUGCAAGCAGCGCCAAAAGGCGGCGAGAACGAGCUGGCGCGCUGUACGCGCACACUGCUACAGCGGGGGGACGCAAUGUGUCUCAGCAUGGGGCGCGGCCUGGUCUACUCACUGAAAGCUGUCUUCCCGAGCAGCAUGUCCAAGCCGUUUGCACGUGCCACGAGCUCUCCCACUUCCGGCUCAGCGACGUCAUGGUGUGCACCAGUAUUGGCAUCGUCAUCGUGCCCGAUCAGCAGCCUGGCCAACGCCUUGCUUAGACGCUCUGCUCUCCCUUGCGGCCCCUCGUCGUCAUGCUCAAUGGGCGCGGGGAAGGAUACAGGCACCAGCGGUCCAUCUUCCUCGCCCUCUGCAUCUGCAUGUUCCCCAUCACCCUCUUCAGCGUCGAGCGUGUAUCCACCCGUCUCGGCGGCCGGUGCGUCGGCAGCGGCAGCGACUGCGGCGGAGGAUGUACAGUAUACAUCCGGCCUUCGAAUAUGGCUCGACGUGCCGCGCUACGCAAAGCUCAGCGCGCCGUGCAGCCUCGUCAUGCGCGGCGGCGCCAAAUGCCAGCCGGGCGGUGUUCCCGGUAGUGCAAAUGCAAGCGCGGGAAAGAGCGGAGGAUCGACCUCAUCUUCUUCGCCGUCGUCGUCGUCAUCGUCGUCAUUCUGGUCCUCGCGCGCCUGCAAGCAGUUCUGGUCGCGCACAGCAUCGCUGCCGUCAGUGCUUUCGGCGGCGAGUGGGAGCGCAAGCAAAGAUCAGCGUGCCGCCGCGGAUGAGACGGCUGGACGGUGCAACAGUGUGAUCGAGGUGCUAAAGCCGGUGUUGGGCGUUAGCGAGAACCAGCAGGGCCAGGGCUGGUGCCAGAAACGCGUGCUGGACGUCGGCUGCCGCGGAUUGCAGAAGAUGCACUAUGACGGCGCCGCUGCAACGUGCGAAGAGCCACCACCCGCGUUCUCGCUGUUCGACAUUUUUAUCGCGCCUGGCGGACGCAUAUUCCGACCGGUCGCGGCGGACCACAAUGCAUGUGUGUACAACCUCGGCCCGGAGAGCAUCACGAUCGGGGACGUGAAGCUCGUGGCGCGCGACAAGCUCGAGGAGAUCGAAAAGUUCACUGCUGUGCUGCUUUCGCCGAGCUCAGAGAGUGAUGAUGAUGCACAUGAUGCUCGCACGGAUGAUGAUGGCACAAGACGCGCGACCGCUGCCGAGGGCGUGUGGAUCAACAAUGCCUCGCUCAACAAGCCUGCACGCGUGGUGCUGAUCAGCGCCCGGCCCACGCCGGCUGGACAGACGGUGUAUUGGCCGCCUCCACCUCCGCCACUCCCGGCGGACGAGCUAGGGCGAGGCGGUGAGGCGACGCCGGGGCGGCAGCAGCAGCAGCGCGAACGCGAAUGGGAGCAAGAGGAGCAGGAACGGGAGCAGAUUAUCAUGGCCACCGAGUAUGAGUUCCACAUGGCCCGGCAGGAGCUGGCGGCUACGACGGCUGGCUGGUAGUGAGCCCUGAGUCGGCCUUGCGAGAA